AUGAUUGCAAGGAUGUUCUAUACCGGUGGGCUGUCAUUUAAUUUAGCAAGAAAUCCUUAUUUCUCCAAGAUGAUCAUAUAUGCCGCAAGCAAUUCAAUUACCGGUUACAAGCCUCUGGGUUAUAAUUCUUUGAGGACCACUCUUUUGCAACGUGAGAAGGCUCACGUAGAGAGGUUGUUGGAACCCAUCAAGAGCACAUGGAAGCAGAAGGGGGUCUCUAUUUGUAGUGAUGGCUGGGCAGAUGCACAGAGGAGGCCACUGAUAAAUUUCAUUGCGGUCUCAGACAACGGGCCAAUGUUCUUGCACUGUGUGAAUGCUGAGGGAGAGCAGAAGAAUAAAUAUUUCAUUGCAGAGAAGCUUGAAGCUUGCAUUAGAGAGGUGGGGCCUCAAAAUGUGAUCCAAAUCAUUACUGAUAAUGCUUCGGCAUGCAAGGCCGCAGGGGCAGUUGUGGAGGGCAAAUUUCCACAUAUCUUCUGGACUCCAUGUGUUGUUCACACCCUCAAUCUUGCCCUUAAGAAUAUUUGUGCUGCGAAGAAUACAGAGGCUAAUGCAAUUGCUUAUGCAGAGUGCAGCUGGAUUACAGAGGUAUAUGAUGAUGCUUUGAUGAUUAAGAACUUCAUCAUGAAUCACUCAAUGAGGCUGGCUAUGUUCAAUGAGCAUUCGAAGAUGAAGCUUCUUUCAAUUGCUGAUACUCGAUUUGCUUCAUGGAUCAUCAUGCUAAAGAGGUUCACUGUGAUCAAGAGAAGCCUCCAAGAUAUGGGUGGAUUAUAUUAUUACUUUCACUACUCCUAUAUAUGA